AUCCUGAAUUACCAGCAAACGAAAGAACUCGUGCCAAUUCCUCAAAACCCCUUUCCCCCCUCUGAGCCCAAAAAAACCCAAAACCCUCUCCCUCUCUUCCCCUGCCUAAACCCUAAUCCGACCCUUUCUCAGUCAAACGAAGAGAAAGAGGAACGAUGAGCUCAUUAACCAACACCACCAACCUCGACAACCUCCUCCUCCAAACCCUAAUGGGAAGACUCCAAAUCCGUCCCCCAAACAACAACCCUUUUCUCACCCAAUCCCUCGAAGACCUGCUUCUCGACGCCGCCAAUGUGUCCGACUCUGACUCCGAGGAUAACAGCAAAACCCAACUCGCCAAAGAGGAAUCCAAGCUUGAAAAGGAAAUUAUCCGGAUCAUCCUAUUAGGGAAAACCGACCCCUUGAAACCAAACUCAGGUCAAGCCGUUACCAUCAACGAGCACCAUAUUUGCAUCACUUUUCACGAAGAGAAAGAAUCGGAUUAUCGGGUUUGGGAGUGGCAUGGGCAUAUAAUGUUGUUUGAUGAAGAAAAUGGAUAUACGCCUGAAUAUAUCUACGGGAAUUACUUUGAGAGAUUGCAGGGGAAACCGCGCGUGGCACGUGAUGAGAAAGAGAAAGAAGAGGAGGCGGAAGAGGAGGAGGAGGAGAAAGUUGGGAAUUUGGGAUUGAGGGAGUUGAUUGAUGGAGGUGGUGAGUCGGGUGGGGGUCGGAUUCUUCAUAGGAAUAUCAGUGCCGGUUCUCCAAGGUUUUAGAUUGGAAGUUCACAUGGGACUUUCCGGGUUUGCAAAGAGAGAGGCCGUCACCCAGUAUAUCAUUUGGUGAGAGAUUGAGGCUUUUGUUUCGUAUCAUGCAUGCUACUAAGCGGCUCAGGGAUUCUCUUGGUUUCUUCUAGGGUUUUAGUGUAUGAAAUUCCAAUACAAUAGAAGUUGUUUGUUUUGUAAGAUUAGACAUGAUUUUGUUCAAGCAGGUUUUUUCAGUUUAUGAGUUGAAAAUCUGUAUGCAUCAACCUGUUGCUUACAGUUUGUGCUUGUGUAAGUGUGGCAAUAACAUGGUCUCAGUUGGUGGCAGUGCUCUUUUAUAUUGGCUAUAUAUACAUCCAAUUUUAUCUCU